AUGCGAAAGUUGGAAUGGGACGACAUGAAGGUGAAGGUCGACGGUCGGCAGCUACACCAUUUGCGCUUUGCUGAUGACAUCGUACUGAUAACACUUAGCAUCAGCCAAGCGGAACGAAUGCUGACCGAAUUCGACGAAACAUGUGGAUGCAUCGGUCUUCAGCUGAAUCUACAAAAGACGAUGUUCAUGCGGAACGGAUGGGUCUUGGAUUCUCCAUUCACGCUCAACGGAACGAACAUAUCCGAAUGCACCAGCUACUUUUAUCUAGGUCGGGAAUUGAACAUGAUGAACGACCUGAUCCCCGAGCCGGGCAGGAGGAGACGAGCGGCUUGGGGAGCGUAUAAGAGCAUCGAGGAUGUAGUGAAGAAGAGCAGGAACACCCGGCUUUGUGCUCACCUCUUUAACACCACCGUACUUCCUGCUUUGACCUAUGCUUCGGAAACCUGGGCAUUUCGCAAGCAGGAAGAAAACGCGGUUGACGUGACCUACUACCCAUUCGAUACGCAGACGUGCUUCCUGAAAAUGGGCAGCUGGACGUAUAGUGGAAAACACAUAAAUCUUGACUUUAUGCUCACUCAGAUUAUUGGAGUCAAAGGUCAUCCCGUGAAUGCCGCAGUUCGCCCAUAUGGUGAUAAUCCCGAAAGUUACUCAGUGAAUGAAUCGAUAGAUCUACAAGUUUAUUUGCAAAAUGGAGAAUGGGACCUUAUGAAUACGCCAGGAACACGUGUUGUUACGGCAUUUGGUGAUGCUUCCUACCAUGAACUAUAUUACUACAUACACAUCAAAAGAAGAACGUUAGCGUAUGGAAUCAACCUAAUCAUACCUUCCUUAGUGAUAUCCAUGAUGACUGUGUUGGGAUUCACUUUACCACCAGAUGCUUGCGAGAAAAUUACACUUGAGACAACGGUACUUCUGUCUGUGAUCUUCUUUCUGCAAAUGGUUUCGAAUAUGAGCCCUCCGCAGUCGAAAUCCGUCCCCAUUCUAGCUGCAUUUUUCUCAUGUUGUCUGAUGGUGGUCGCUUGCUCGUGCGUCUUCACCGUGCUCACUCUCUGUUUAUACUCAAGGAAAGCUGAAACGCAUGAGAUGAGUCCAUUAAUGCGACGCGUAUUUGUGGAAUGGUUACCGUACAUUCUCAUGAUGCGAACACCAGACCACCCAAGAGCACCGAAAGCAAAAGUGAUCGAUAAGCCAAUUCUUCCCAUUCAUCGCCUCAGCACCUUGCCAGUACUAACUCUUCCACGACCUUCAGAAGUGAAUGAGGCAAUCAAGCGAAUUUCGAGAAUUGAGGAGGAAAAGCGCCCACCUCAUCUCAGGUAUUUUGACCAAUUCUGCGAAGAUCUCAAGGCGAUCAGCACAGAUCUGGAGAAAAUCACGUCGGCCAUCAAAGAAAUGUACGAGCAUGAGAUGAUCGUAUCCGAAUGGCGGUUUGCUGCUAUGGCUGUGGAUCGCAUGUGCCUCUAUCUGUUCUCAAUAUUCAUUGCUGUUUCCACCUGUGGUAUUAUUAUGCCGCACAUUAUCACGUGA